AUGGUCUUGGCAAGAGUGUGUCAGCUCGUUGGAGCAUUGAUCCUCGCACAGUUUGCCUGGCGUAUUGCUAACGCAAUCUAUAUGUACUUCAUCCGAGCCCCAGACUUGCCGACUUAUCUCUACCCCUCCACAAGUGGCGUACGCCCGUGGGCACUCGUUACGGGCUCAUCAGAUGGCAUAGGCAAAGCGAUCGCUUCACAACUCUAUCAGGCUGGCUUUUCUGUCUACCUUCAUGGUCGCAAUGCCGAUAAGCUUGAGCUUGUCAAGAAGGAGAUACUCAGCCUGCCCGCGAAUUCUGUACAGACGCUCAGCAAUGCUGCACAUGACGUGAAGAUAUGGAUCCAAGAUGCAGCUGCAGCGGAGAUUGACUACGACAACUUUGCGCGCACUAUCAGCACGCUGCACCUCACGGUGGUUGUCCACAACGUGGGCGGCUCGGAGGCGUACACCAAGCCAUUCCAUGCACAAACUCAGCAAGAGCUCGACAAGAUCAUCAACAUCAAUGCACGCUGGCUCACUCAGCUCACACGCGUCCUCAUCCCGAUCCUGAACUCCGUUGACGGACCGAAGCUCAUGGUCAACAUUGGCUCUUUUGCCGGCAGCUUUACUGCGCCGUAUCUGGCAGCAUACUGCGGCAGCAAAGCAUUCGUUCGUAUCUUCACUCGCACAAUGUGCGCGGACAACGACUUUAUGCGAAACAUCGGCAAAGGUGCAAAGCAUCCGAUCAGGUAUCAACACAUUGGUGUCGGCAGUGUACGCUCGGGCACGAACCUCGCCGAGAUAGGAUUUGGUGUGCCCGAAGCCAGAGACUUUGCCCGAGACCUGCUGCGUCACAUGGGCGGACCCGAUCGCGACUUCGCUGCCAGUCCUGCGCAAGCUCUGCAGGAAUUCAUGAUCAAAUGUUUGCCGCAACAGACCGCCGAGCUGGCGAUCGGUAAGGUUAUGCGCCAGCAAUACAAGUAUUGA